GCUUCUCAGCAUUUUCGUUUUAUAGCCUCAAUACAGACACGUAAGUGUGCAUAGUGUAUGUUGCUGUGUUAAUUAGAAAAAAAUUACUGCAAGUGUAAGGAUCGCUCCGUUUGACCGUUUCGAGUCAAAAAAGCUUUCCGAGGCAAGACCUCGACCACAAACAAAAACCCUAAAACAAUUAAUAAUAGCAAUUAAAUCUUAAAAUCGGCUGGCAAGUGACAAUUUCUUAUGGCCAGAGGCCGAGUAAAUCCUUGAAGUCGCUCCAAAAAAGCCCUCGGCACGGCUUUUUUUUUCUUGUUGCUUUAUGUUUUAUUAUUUUUAUUAAAAACUCACAGUUUCGGGUGUUACGUUACGAUUGUUAUAAAUUCAGUCAAACCCAAGUUAAAGACACACUUGUCUCACUUUAUUGUGAGGUAAUUAGCCCGAGUAACAAUUUAUCGAGAUUGUAAUCAGCCAGGAUGACUUCAGAGACAAGGGACGCUGUCAGCAAUGUUGAGACUGAGUUUUUGGAGAUUAAUUCCAAGGGAGCGUGGGCUAUUUUGUAUCAGCAAAUUCGCAAUGAGUCGAGUAAUUUUGAUUACUCGUGCAAUGAGUCCAAGAAAUUGCAAAAUAAAAAUCUUAAUCGGUACAGAGACGUUGCGCCUUAUGAUCAUACAAGAGUUGUUUUACAAAGAGGCUCUUGCGAUUAUAUUAAUGCGAAUCUUGUUAAGAUGGAAAAAGCAAACCGACAAUAUAUUUUGACUCAAGGACCAUUGCCAUACACAGCUGGACACUUUUGGUUGAUGGUUUGGGAGCAAAAUUCAAAGGGUAUUCUUAUGCUGAACAAAGUUAUCGAAAAAGAGCAAGUUAAGUGCCAUCAGUACUGGCCCCUCGGUGGCUCCAACAGCUCUAUGACAUUUCCCGACGUUAAUUUAAAAGUGGAAUUUGUUAAACGGAUCGAAACUUCUCACUAUACUACUAGUACACUGAGAUUAACGGAUUUAGAUUCAAUGAAAAGCAGAGAAAUUUUACAUUUUCACUACAUCACAUGGCCCGAUUUCGGAGUUCCUCAAAGCCCCGUGGCAUUUUUACGGUUUUUAGUUGAUGUCAGAAAAUCUGGCGCUCUUGACUCAAAUGUUGGGCCGCCAAUUGUCCAUUGCUCUGCUGGAAUCGGUCGUUCGGGAACAUUUUGUCUCGUUGACACUUGUCUCAUUUUGAUCGAGAAAAAUGGAUUAAAUUCAGUAAAUGUAAAAGAAGUUUUGCUAGAAAUGAGACGGUCUCGUAUGGGGCUUAUUCAAACACCCGAUCAGCUUCGGUUUUCAUAUGCAGCAAUAAUCGAAGGAGCCAAACAACUGCCUUCCAAUAACGUGAAUUUGGACGAUAGUAUUGAAAUAAUAAAUCACUACGACGUCGUGAAUAAUGAUAUCAUGAAUUCAUCUCAAGAAGAAGAUGAUGAACCACCACCAUUACCUCCUCCUCGCGGCGACAGUCUUACAAGAAGUAUGAUGUCUGAUUUGACACCCAGCCCUGUCUCUGAAAAUGAAAAUGGAACUGGUCCUCCAAAUAAACCAUUACCUAUGGAACCACCGAUAUUAAUCGAUAAUAUUAAUAAAAUAACAACAAACUCAAAUAAUGUACAUGAAAAUGACGUUGAUGCGGCAAGUGAAGAAGACAGUGAAAAUUCAUUACUUAAAGACAGUUCUCCACGUAGUGAUACAUCAGACACGAAAAAUGAAUUACGUCAACGUCAUCAGGAGAAGAAAGAUCGACUGGCGAAGCAGGUGCGGGAAAUGAAACGUCGCCAACAGCAAACGGAAAAUUGGCAAAAUUUCAAGAGGUCAAUAUUCAAGCCCGUAACACUAGGCAUAGGUACCGUAAUAAUCGGUGGGGGCGUUAUCGCGGUUUGCGGCUAUCUUUAUUUACGUGGAUAAAUAGUUUAUCUUAAAGGAUAACUAUAAACUCAUAACAUAAGUAAUACAAUAUUUUAAAACGAAAUCAAGGUUACGUGGAUCAAAUUUUAUCGAGCUUUUAUUUAAAAUAAAUAAACAAGCUAAUCAAUUAAUUAAAUAAUUGAUUAAUUGAUUAGUUGAUAAAUUGAAAAAUAAUUAAAAUACAGACAAAAAAAGGCCAAUGGAGUUCUUGAAACCAUACUUUUGAUUUACAAGCUGCUAAGUUAUGAUCCACGUUUUAAUGAGAGGAGGGACUGAUAAGAACGAAACAAAUGGUAUACUUGAUAAAAAUGAUAAUGAUAACAAUAGUGAUCAUUAAGGGUGAAAGAAAUGAAAAAGAAGAUGAAGAAAAAAAAGGGAAUUUUACACAUAAAGAAAAAAAUUUUCGUAUUUGUAUUUUUGUAUUGUGAUCCAUAACCGAUGAGUCUGUAGAAUAUGUAGAGAAUUAUUUUUUGCAGUUGAUUGAUUAUUUCUUCAAGUAAUUUAUGAUACGAUUUAUAAAAUAAGUGAUUAAAGGAUAAAGUGUUUUAUGAUGAAAGAUUUAAUAAUUAUUGAUUAAAACUUGACGCGUUUACGCA